AUGUCGAAAUCAAAAGAAAUGUAUUCGUUGGAUGAAAGUAAAGAGCGCAUCAAAGAACGCGUCCGACAGCGCAAUAUGGAGCUAAGUGCAUCGAUGGAAGACACGAAAGAGAAUCUCGAAGUGUCGUCGCUCAGUGGAGGUGGAGAUAAAUCCGCUGACAUUACAGAACCCGAAACUGCCAGUGCCAAAGACGUUCUUAUG